AUGACUACUCCCACCAACAAACCAUCUCUUUGUGUCUGUCGCCCUCUCCAGUCUACUCCCACCAUGUUGGCCAAAAAACCUUUACACACAUACAAAGUAAGGUCUGAUGCUAUCGACAAACAACCAUCCAUCAUCGAUGUUUCUCCAACAACAACCACCAAAGCCACAGUCCUUCAAAUCGAUUUCAGAGAACUGACUGGUGGGGGAAGUCCCUUACUCCAUAAGAUGCUGUAA